CGUAAACAGCCGCCAUCUUGGUAGGAUAGGAAAAACAAUCUCAGUAUCAUUUAUAAAUAAGUACAAAAUAUGCUAAAUAAUGGCUUCUACAAAAGCACUUGACGUUUACAAAGAAAGUCUUGAUGAUUUACAUCGCAAAAGAUACGAAGAAAAAACUAAUGUGAUCGGUUUGUGACCCGUAUUGUGUAAAUAAUGAGGAAAUGUCUAGCGAUGUUGAUUCACUCCCAGCGGUUUCGUACUUUGACAUUGUUAAUUAUUUUAUUAACUCUAAAAGUGCUUACACAAUGGACGAGUUAAAUGCUGUUAAAUCUAUGGACUCAUUUAACCACUGUUACAAUGGCUGGGUGAAAGAUGUUCGUACUUUGACGAAAAAUGAAAGGAUUCUGGUGAAAGGCAGGGUACGACAUUCGCAAAGGAUGAAUGACACACCAUUGACACCAUGGGCAAUUGUUAGGAUAGAUGGUUUUGUCGAAUCUGCUCACUGUAACUGCAUGGCGGGAUUGGGUGAAGUGUGCAGUCACAUAGGUGCCUUACUCUUCUGGGUAGAAGCAACACACAGAGCAAAUGCCAACUUGACUGUAACACAGAAGAAAGCAUACUGGCCUGUGCCGUCUUAUGUCGACAAGGUUCAGUAUUUAGAAGUGAAAGACAUAGACUUUUCCUCAGCCGAAAAGAAGGUAAAGGACUUGAAUCAUUUGUUGUGUAGUGGUGAGAAGACACCCAAACGAGCACUACAACUACCAAAAGUAGAGGAGCCAACUUUGGAAACGGAGCAACAUUUUUCACAUGUGUUAUCAUUAUGCAAAUCUAAGCCAGCAGUCUUGGCAGUGAAAGAGAACUUUCAGGAAAACUAUAUCCCUGAUAUUCUUAGAAAGGGGAAGUUACCAAUAUCACUUGGGACAUUUCGUGAUGAAAAAUUCAUGAAUAUGGAAAGAGAAGAACUAAUCAGUGAAUGUGCUCAACUGGAACAGACAUUGACUGUUACUUGCGAACAGGCCAAAAAUGCGGAAAUUAUAACCAAGCAACAGUUUAAGUGUAAAGAGUGGCAUGCCUUCAGACAUGGACGUAUUACAGCGUCAAAUGUAAAACUUGUGUGUUCAGGUUUGGAAGACAAACCAGCUUUAUCAACUGUAAAGGCUAUUUGUGGGACAGGAAGUAGAUUUACAAACAAAGCAACAGAAUGGGGAAUAGCCCAUGAGCGCGAGGCACUUUUGAAGUAUAGAAGAGAUGUAAGUCCACUUCAUGAUGAUUUAAAGGUAGACAACUCUGGCCUAUUUAUUAGUCCUGCCCAUCCACACCUAGGAGCUAGCCCGGAUGGCAUUGUUUCUUGUUCAUGUUGUGGUGAUGGACUUGUUGAAAUUAAGUGUCCAUAUUCAGUAAAGGACGGUAAUGUGAAAGAUUUGGAAUACUUGGACAAAAACAUGGCAUUGAAACACCAGCACAAGUAUAUGUACCAAGUUCAGACACAGCUCUUAGUGACCAACAAAUUAUACUGUGAGUUUGUCAUUUGGACUAAGGAUGAGUGUUUAAUUCAAAGAAUUGAGCCAUUGCCCGUUAUUCAGGAAGAAAUAGUGAAAAAAACCACAUCAUACUUUAAAAAUGUUAUACUGCUAGAACUUACAGGAAGCUUGAUCUCUAGAGAGAGAACCCUAAUGCCAAACAAUUCAAAUAAAACAGUAACAGAACCUAGUUCUUCACAGGCAAGUGAAAUUAUAUGUGUCUGCCAGAAGCCAUAUAAAGAUGGGGAGGAUGUUAUUGGGUGUGACAACCAGAACUGUCCCUAUGUGUGGCUACAUUUUAAAUGUAUUAACUUGACCAAAGUACCACGGGGGAAGUUUUACUGUAAUGAAUGUAGAAAUAAACGACCAGCUAAAAAAUCAAAACACUGUUAAGUGUUUCAAUGACUGUACAUGAAAUCAAAGAUGACUGUCCCGAACCUUCAAGCUACCUAAAUCCAGUAUAACUAAAUACAGACAUCAUGUACUUUUAAACCGUCAGCUGUAAACAUGUGAUUUUUCUGAAUAUAUAUAGUUUAUAUAGAGAUGUGCAAUUUAAUUUAUUCCAUGAAUAAUGCUAGAUAGUGCAGUAUCAUAAUUUUGAUGUGCUUUUGAUAUGAACAUGCUAGUCAGUAUAUAUUUAUAUGUGACCUUUAUGACAUGAAUAUGCUAGACAUUGUAUUACAAAGUUGAUGUGUAAGACAGUGCCAAUUCAUAUGUGCUUAUGAUAUAAAUAUGCUAGACAUUGUAUUACAAAGUUGAUGUAUAUAAUAUAAGACAGUGUCAAUUCAUAUGUGCUAUUAAUGACCUGAAUAUGAUUUGUGUAUGUAAGUAAUGUUAAUAUGUCUACAAAAUAUGUGUGCUUUGUCUAUGUAUUAAGUACUGUAUAUAUAUAUAUAUAUAUGUAUAAAUAUGUGUGCUUUGUCUAUGUAAAUAUGUUAAUGCAUUUCAUUCACAACUUCAUUUGUUGCUAAUUUAAGAUAACUUCACUGGUAUUCCCUUGUGUAUAAAAUAAUGAGUAAUGAUUAAAGUUAUUUAAGUUCUUAUUAAAAUAUUUUGCAAUUCAA